UACAGCUUUCCGAAACCCAUUGAUCCUCCUGGACCGGCAUGGAGUGCCUCGUCUGCUCUGUUGAACUUUGAACGAUAGUGACCACGCUCUACGGAGUCCUACCCCAGGUGUUGCAGCUGUGGCCGGAUCGCGUGCGACGGAACUCUGCAGCCUGUCCCCGCCCCCGCAUAAUCCGGACCUCAUAAUAUGUUGAGAUAAUUGCAUGGGACUCCGAUGACCGAAGUGGCCGCACAGAGAACGAACGGGGCUGGCCAAGCGCCGCCUCUGUUACAGCGACAACAAUCUUUCUCCUCGUUUCCAGCUUCCCGGUCGCCCUCGUUCAAAUCCCUUCGCAACGAUCCCAGGAAGGGCCGGUCGCCGCAGCCGCCCAUGGUCCGCGAAGACAGUACAUCGGCCGAUUCCUCUCCUCCUCCGUCGCUGUCUCACAAGAAAGCAAAGUGUACGACAAGACUGCGAUCUCAGUAUCCGGCAGACUCGAUCGAGAACCAUGUUGAAUACAUUCUCGUUGCCUCUUUCGACAUUGACCGCGGGUCGGUCAUGGAGCACCAGUAUCCUGCGCCUAUAUCCGGCGACGAGACGAUGUUGGCCGAGCUGAUGUUGCCCGAUCAAGCCCAUGUGAGAAGUCAAGAUUGGACAAUAUUCUUCUUGCACAAGGACACCAGCGCGGAGGAUGAAGAGAGGGAAGCACGAAGAGAAAGACGGAGAAAGCGGAGACAGAAGGGACAAGGAUUGGAUGAGGAAGAUGAUACAGUAGCGGGAGCUGCGGAGGAUGGUCAAGAGCUUGAGGACGAUUACGAGGACGACGAGACCGAUGAGGACAGCGACGAUGGCCCGGACCCUGAUGGUCCGCCUUUAGUGUACGUCUUGAACUUGGUGAACACCAAACAGGACAACACUGUCAAAAGAGGUGCCAUUGUCAAGGCUAUGGCUAUAUGCACGCGCCACUCGUUCCUCCAUAUAUACAAGCCUCUUCUGCUUCUAGCACUAGAAGAAUACUUCCGCGCCCCUGUCUUAGAAACCCUGGCGUCCCUUUACAAUGCCCUCAACGCGAUGGACCUGUCAUUGAUGCCGAAGCUGUCUCCUUUGGAGAAUUUCGUUCUUCAGGCCACCGACGCUAAGGAUAUGUUUAUUGAAAAGUUCGAGCAAAUGAUACAGCAACAGAAGGCUGCGGAUGCCGAAAGAAACUCGUUACCGUCGACGUCAUCGUCAGAGCCCAAACCGAAGACCUAUGUGUUGCCUCGAGACACGCAUGAGUUCGAGUCGAAAGUAUAUUAUAACGGCAUUCCUGUUCCUAUCAAAGUCCCAACUGCACUAAGCCCGGAAACGGUUGGCGACUUUUCACUUAUCAAACUCAUACAAACCUUUUCUACGCCUCAUUCAACCCAACCUCAGCCAUUUGCCCUCCACCCGCAUCUUACGACCAGUGGCGCAUAUACGCAUCCCAUUAUUGUCCUCAUCAAUGCGCUUCUCACACAAAAGCGCAUUAUCUUCCUUGGCCACAAUCGACCAUCUGGCGAGGUGGCGGAAGCUGUGCUUGCGGCCUGCGCGCUAGCUUCUGGAGGCAUGCUGCGAGGCUUCGUUCGUUACGCCUUCCCUUAUACUGAUCUUACCAAGAUCGAUGAUCUUCUCAAGGUGCCAGGCUUUAUUGCAGGAGUGACAAACCCAGUCUUUGCACAUACGCCCGAGUGGUGGGACCUGCUAUGCGAUCUUCCAACGGGCCGCAUGAAGAUCAGCCCAAAGAUCGAGAGUGCACCUGUCACGGAUGGCCUCGUCUUCUUCCAGCAGCAGGGGAUUCCUGUUGCCCUGGCAGGAGGCACGCAGCCAGGGGCAGACGUGAAAACCGGCGUGGAUCCGACUGGUGACAAUCAGUUCAUGGAAUCAUUACUGCAGAGUAUUGCCAACAGACAUGGCGAGAAUGCCAUUCGUGCCAAAUGGCGCUCUUGGAUCUUGAAAUUCACACGGAUCGCAGCCGCUUUCGAGGAAACCGUCUACGGCGCAUCUGCGCUCUACAUCGGAUCCCAUGAGACCGAUGUUGGUCUAUACGGCGUGACAGGACACGGCUAUGUCUGGCCUGACGAAGGGAGCCGCAUGAGAGAGCUCGCAGCAAAUGUGCAUCGAAUCGAGGGGUGGCGGAAUACGAGAUCCUAUUUCACCUUCAUCCAAGAUCUCGCUCGCCGCUGGGAAAAACGUCCCGUUAAAGGUAUCGAUCUCGCCCACCAACAUGAUCGACUAAGAUGUCUGCGCCUCACGCAUGAACAAAGCGCCGCCAUCUACCUUGCGCUCGCACGCGCCGUCGAACAAGCGGGAUCAUGCAAGUCUGGUACCUCGGAAGAGGAUCUGCCAUCCGCACUGUCACAGUCUCUCACCCUGACCUCGGAUCGCAAAUCGCGUGAGGAGUGCCAAUAUGACACCAUCUUGCAACUCCUCUGCGUCAUCCCGGAAAGCAAUGGAGGGUUAUUCCACUUGGCGUUGGGACUGUUUCACCCGAGACAAGAUGUUCGUCUCGCAGUGGUCCGGCUGUUAGAAGUGAUCAUGGAUCAUGCCGCCGGUCGGCAUCUAUGGGCCACAUUAGGGAGAUUUGCCAAGUUGGCCUUCUACAGGGUCAAACGAGAGGAGGGCCACGGAAAGUGAAGCGUUGAGUUUCGAUUGAAAGCGAACGCGGCCGUACGUUCACCGACAUCCCAGGCCAUAUCGGCGUUCGCGAACUUUGAACGAGGCAUAGAUCUUAUUUAAAGAAGGCUUCGCUGCUUAUAUAUACUUUGCAUAUGAUCCUAGCGGUUUAUGAUGCUUGCAUUCGCCUAGACUAAUCCAUCAUUUGACAAGCAAUGUUCCCGUUUCGUCGUUUCGAGGUCUAGAUGCGCUAUCCUGCUCCGCAUCUAUGCAAUCCAUUUGCGCAUGUCUCUAUAUCGAUUCCUAAAGCUCUUUCAGGC